AUGGGUUUUGUGCUUCUUUGCACUGCUCAUUUCAUGAAAUUGCAUUAUUUUGAAAUUGAUUACGAAAGACACUAUCAUUGUCAACAUAUGAAACAGUGUCAGCAGGAAAAUGCCCGAAGAGGGCCUUUGAAUGGAUCAGGCCUAGUAUGUGAAACAAAUGAACCACCACGGGCUAAAGUUGGGACGCGCAAAUGGCGAUAUCAUCAAGGACGGAAUCAAUUUUGGUGCGAUGGUCGCAUCAUUAUGGCACGACAAAGUUCCAUCUUUCUCUUCACUUUGAUGGUUAUCACUGGAACGAUGGGUCUAUUUUUCGUCUUUGAUGCACCGUAUUUGUUUUGGAACGUCUCACCUGCUCUUCCAAUAGUUGCGGGAAUAUUAAUGUGUCUUGUGCUAGUUAAUUUAUUUAAGACAUCAUUUUCUGACCCAGGAAUAUUACCGAAGGCGACAAGUUUGGAAGCUAUCGAAAUUGAUCGACAAAAUUUUGCAGAAAGUAAUAUGUCGGAGGCAGUGCGAACACCACCACGAACGAAAGCAAUACACAUUAACGGGCAACUUAUCAAAUUGAAAUACUGUUUUACUUGUCGGCUGUUUCGUCCACCGCGUUCCUCUCACUGUUCCGUAUGCGACAACUGCAUCUUAAACUUCGACCAUCAUUGUCCAUGGGUUAACAAUUGCGUUGGGAAACGAAAUUAUCGACACUUUUAUUUUUUUAUUGUAUCACUCACCAUGCUGACACUAUUUGUAUUUGCAUGUGUAUGUCUACAUCUUGUUAUUUUGUCACAAAGGGAGAAUGCAUUUCUGGGUGCAGUAAGACAGUGUCCUAUGUCGCUUAUAAUUGCUUUAAUAUGUUUUUUCUCCAUUUGGUCAAUAUUUGGUCUUUCUGGUUUUCAUACAUAUUUGCUGUCAACAAAUCAGACAACAAAUGAAGACAUCAAAGGAACAUUUAAUUCGAAACGAUUACCACAUAUACAAAACCCAUAUACUACUGGUUCUAUAUUUUCCAAUUGUUUUCGAACACUGUGUGCUCCGGAACCUCCAAGUUUAAUUGACCGAAGAGGAAUUGUUGAGCCUGAACCGAUUGUGAUAGUGAAGAACUAUGGUUCAACUGGUGGUUCAGAGCGACAAUCAUACAAAAUUGUUUUAGGCUGA